AUGUCAGACUCGUGUGACGAGGGUUUUUGGCGGCGAGCCUCCGGGCCGGACGACAGCAUGAUUUACCAGGUCUGUGACCUGGUGCUCCAGCAGGCGUUUGCUAUUCCCCUGCACGAGAUAGUUCUUGCCGGCUCGGCGCCGAUGGUCUACGAGUCAGUCGGUCACUGCCUGGAUGAGCUCUCCCGCAUCGUCCUUCAGAGCGGCCUUGGCGACACCCACUUGGGAGCCAGCAGAUCGACGUUGGGCACGGCGGACUCUGGCGGCGAUCCCGUCUGGCCGGGAAGAGGCGCUGACGACGGUUUUGAUACAAGCAAUGGGAAUGGUGACUGCCAUGCGAACGGGAAUAGUGGCCGGAAACGUUCCAACGGUUAUGAGCAUGAUGGUGACGGCCUCGGCGGCGGUUCUGGCGGCGGUAGCCCUGAUGGAGGUGGAAAACGCCAAAAGGUUUUGCCAACCCACCAACGGCCGGCCACCGCGGAGUUCAGCUGCCCCUUCCGUAAGAGGAACCCAGUGCGAUUCAAUGUCCGGGACUUUCAGAGCUGCGCAGUAAUGUCGUUUCCGAAUAUGUCUCAGCUCAAGCGAGCUAUGAAAUCAAAAAUGGCCUUGGAAGAACAUAUAUCGGUCUCUAGGGACCAGAUCUGCGACCCCCAAGAGGCGCCGUCCAGAGCGGAUCCGGAAGAUGGCAUCACAUCCGGAAUCGAAGAGGUCCUCAAUGAACGCAAGACGGACGGCAAAAUCGACGACUGGAAGAGCUUGUGGAGACUGUUAUUCCCCGGAGACGCCAAGAUACCCGAGCCAGACUUUGUGCCUCCCACCGAACUGGAUGAGGUGUACGCCCAGUUUUAUACCGACGACUCCACGAGUCUGCUGUGGCAGCGGAUCCAGGAGGUACUAGGACACACUGGCAACAUUCAACCCAUGUUUGACGCCUUCAAGAACUAUAUCGACACAGUCUUUGAAGCUUGCCGCCUCAAGACCUGUGGCAUGUCGUACAGCCGCAGACGAGCACGCAUCCAGGCGGCGCGGCAGGUGGCAAGCGGGCGAUCCCCGGUGCGACACGCCCCCCGACCACAUGGAUCAGGGCAUUCGGACCACAGCAUCCUAGCUCUUGCUGCCUCCUCGGACCGCACCAACGUGCCGGAAAGCCUUGGGCAGCCCUCAAUGACCGAGACGCAACCACACAUAUUAGGUAAUGUGCCUCCCAACAACAGUUCCCAUGACCGUGGGAUUGAUGGCGCUGGAACCACGGUGCCAGAACUGCGGUUUGGCGGCGGCGGUACAGCGGCCGUCCAGGGAAGCGAACCCGUGAUGGUCGCAACUCCGGCGCCGCGGUUGCACAUCCAGCUAGAGUCUGGUUGCCAAGGUCAGCGCAUGGCGGGCACUUCAAGAGGCCACUUGGACCAAAGCACCCGGCUGGCACAAACCAACCUCUGGGCUGAUCUCAGUGCCAUCUUCGCGGGCCGGGGAGCAAUAGACGCUUCUGCUGUCCUACCUCUGGGAUCGCAAGGUGCCCACUCACACCCGGAAGCGUACGGACAGCAAAUGGGCGACGCUUAUUGGCCAGCCAUCACGCUGGACAUCGCGGCGGACAACCAUGGGGGGCAGGGGCGCAGGUUCUCGACGACUGAUGCGGGCGCGGUGUCGGAGGGGGAUGAUGCUUUCCAGGGCAUGUCCGAGGCGAACGAUGAUGGAUAUGAAGUAGUCCACCAUACCCGCGGCGACUGA